AUGCAGUUCUGGACGGAUCAGAAAGCACGCGACUUCAUUGCUGCCGAAUACCCUUGGUUCCUCACAAACUUCGAUGGCUACAAAUAUCCAAUACAGCGGGCGGACGCAAUUCGAUACUUCGUCCUAGCACAUUACGGACGAAUUUAUAUUAAUCUUGACGAUACUAAGAACGAAACAACAACAGGGCUGCAACCGCCGGCUAGAUCCGCUGCUCUUGGCCAUCCGCAGGGCCAGAACAUUAAAAUACUGGCCAAUGAUAGCAUCGGGGACAUUGCAAGGCCAGCCGAAUACGAGAGACUCCCGAGGAUGAUCCCCGAGGCAUAUCCCGGGCCGGGGGUGCCGAGAGCUCAAGCUCUGGUCUGGAGAAACAUCCAAGAAGGAGGCGCCCAUGAUGUUCCCCUCGCUGGCAACGAACGCAGAUAUGAGACCAGCGAACAGCCGAUCCUACGCAAGACAUUGCCACCUAAGUUGCAAGAGUUGGUGGACAAUGACGACGACUUUGAUGAGCCCUAUACGGUAUAG